AUGUCGACCCCAACUACCCGUCUUAUACCGGCAUCUUCACGUACUCUUCUUCUUACCCUCGACGCGUUCGGCACCCUUUUCCACCCGCGUCUCCCCGUCCCAGAACAAUAUGCCGCGACCGCGCACCAAUUCGGAUUAUCGCGCACUACCGUCACCCCGGACAAACUCGAAACCGCAUUCAGGGAUACCUUUCGUGCACAGAUGCAUCAAUACCCGAAUUACGGCCGCGCGGAUGUUCUCCGAGGCCAAUAUGGGGGGCCAAGGCAGUGGUGGGAAGAGGUGAUCAGGGGGAGUUUCAGGCGUGUUUUGUCCACAGACGAUGUGGAGACGCGUCCUGGAAAUUCCAAAGAGCAUAUUCCUGAUGGCAUGGUGGAAGCCUUACUAGAUCGAUUUGCUGGCCCCGAGGGGUAUGCGCUCUAUGACGAUGUGCUACCAUUCUUCCGCCGAAUGCGCAGACUCAAGUCCGCGCGUAAGUGGUCGUUUGAUAGAAUUAUUGUGGGGGUGAUAUCCAAUUCGGAUGACCGCGUCCCCGCUGUGCUCAAGUCGCUGGGGUUGACGGUUGGUGAUAUGCGUGCCGACCAGGAUAAAUCGAGUAUGGAUCUUCCAGGGUUUGAGGAACGAAAUUUCAAAAAAGAUGCUGCCGGGGAAUACAACAACGAUCAUGUAGACCGCAACUUGGAACUUGAUAUUGAUAUGGUCAUUACGAGUUAUGAGGCCGGUCAAGAGAAACCUCAUCGCUUGAUCUUUGACGUGACGAGACGGCAGGCUCUAAAGGUCGCCCGCCCAUGGUUGACCAGCAGAACCAAAUUUAUCUCCGUGCAUGUUGGGGAUGAUUUUGAAAAGGAUCAUGAAGCUGCAAGGGCUGCAGGCUGGGAGAGCUACAUGCUUCGUCGAGAUCCUCUUGAAACCGAUGACUUCAAAGCGAAACAAUUCGGAGAUCUUCUAAAGUUGACAGAUAAAUUGGAGAUUUUCCCAUAA